GGCUCCUCCUCCUCCUCCUUCCCUCCAGCCAUGGCGGCGCCAGCGGAGCUCGGCGGCCUCAGCGAUGAGGCGGUUCAGAGCGCCUGCUCGGAGCCGGACGCCAGCACCAAGGAUUUUAUGUUUCAGCAGACAAUGUUAAGAGUAAAGGAUCCUACGAAGUCACUGGAUUUUUAUACAAGAGUUCUUGGAAUGACACUGCUUCAAAAAUUUGACUUUCCUACUAUGAAGUUCUCACUCUAUUUCCUGGCAUAUGAAGAUAAAAAAGAUAUCCCAAAAGAUAAAGCUGAGAGAACACCUUGGACCUUCUCUAGAAAAGCUACACUUGAACUGACACACAACUGGGGCACUGAAAAUGAUGAAAAUCAGUCUUACCACAAUGGCAAUACAGAUCCUCGAGGAUUUGGACACAUUGGAAUUGCUGUUCCUGAUGUCAAUAAAGCUUGUAAGAGGUUUGAAGAACUAGGAGUGAAAUUUGUGAAGAAACCAGAUGAUGGUAAAAUGAAAGGACUUGCAUUCAUUCAGGAUCCUGAUGGCUACUGGAUUGAAAUUUUGAAUCCUAACCACAUGGUGACUCUCACUUAGUUCUCAUGAAGCAUAUUAUAUAAGACAUGCACACAUUUAGUCCCCUGAAGAAAAUCUGUAACAGUGUUAGUGAAAUUCUCCCUUAAAGGAGAGGAAUCAGUCCUAUUCAGAGUUUCCUCUAAAACUUUCCCCUGGGACCUCACUGUAGCUGAAUUCCUUUUUUCUUGCUCUGUGAUGCCUCUGCAUUUUGCUUCCUAUUAGGAAUACACCACCAUUUUUUGGAAGAGGGCUUACACAUAUUCUCUUCUUGAACAUUGAUUAUGUCAGUCUUUCACUAAACACUAUCAAAAGAUAUGUAACCACAAGCUCGCUGCAUCUCACACUUAGAUUUCAACUAACAACAAAAAGCAAGCUGUGUUACUACUGUUCAGCUUCAACAACUAUGAAAAAAAACAACUUCAGAAUGCUUUUUCGUGAAGUCAAAAGAUUCUGAAGGCUUCAUGCCCUAUUUUGUAACUAGAAAAUAAAACGUCAGACUAACUUUUAAUUGAGUAAUAGCAUGUUUUUGAAAGUCCUAAUUUUAAUUACACCAGGCAAAACUCUUUAAGGAGCAGCCUUAAACAACUUUGCCUAUAAAAAACCCCACAACUUUGUAGAGGCAAUAAAUCAGUCUAGCAGAAAUAAUUCAGUCUUAACAGUUUCUGGCUGGUGAUUGACAGCCAAGAUAAGAGGUCUCAUAGAUGAUAACUCACAGUGAUUCUUGUCUCUUCCGACACUAGAAAGAACUUGCUCAGAAUUCUUGUUUCUGUUAACAUCUGGGGCUGUAUUUAACUUAAAUGCUCUGUAUGUUUUGCAUUAGGAAAUAAAUUUAAAAGAGUAUCUGAAACAACAGUUUCCUACUAGUAGAUGUUUUAAUCUGCCCUCUAAAUGAGUGAUGGUUAUUGAAAGGAUACCUGUAAAUAACAGGAAAACAUGUAACAUUUUUGUAUGUUACACAAAUAAUUUUAUUUUACGCUGUUGCAUCUGUUAAAGCAGCAUAAACAAUGUCAAGUUUUGAAAUCCUGCUGUUCCUUUGAGCAAGGAGAAAAACCCUCUGCCCUGUCUUACAGUGGUUUGAGUAGCACUUAAAUCCUGCUAGGUCUGCAGUUAUGUGACUGUUGAAUAGUGUAAUGGCAUUGCAAUUCACUUCCAAAUAAAGCAGUGGUGAAAACUACAAAAUAAUUUUUAAGCAGUAUGACCUGUUCCUUUGCUAACUACUGAAUUCUAGAUAACUGAAAAGCUGUUUGUUUUGGUUCAUGGAUUAUUCUUUGAAGUCUGGUGGCAAUAUGAAACAGGAGUACAGGAGAGAAGGUGGUAACUGUGUGCACUUGAUUAGCAGGAUAUUUUAGUAACUUAAUACGUAGAGUUAAUAAUAACUGUCAGUAACUCCUUGGCUUACAAGUUAAAACAGAAAUGUACAAAGUAUUGCAUUUUAUUUCUAAUGCUAAUGUAGAUACUAAUUAACUACUAAGUGCUGUCCUAUCUCCUUACCUGAAAAAUUCUGAAUUGCCUGUCUCAUCUGAACAAGAAAGCAUAUAUGAACUCUUAGAGAGCUCCACAUGAAAAAAUAAUUAAUAAAAAAUAAUCCAAGAUACUUUGUUUACCCUUGGAAAUGUGUAAAAUAGAUUAUAUACUUCAUCUGAGCCUUAGUUGGUGGAAAACAGGAAUGUGAAAACUAUUGCUCUGCUUAAGACCCCUUACAGAUGUGCAAACAAUCAUAAAUACAUUGGAAGGUAGACAUACUAAGUCAAAAGAGAAUUUUUUAAAAAAUUUAUUUUCCUGUUUGUUAUAUGAAGAAGCCUGAUACUGUAAAUUGUCAUUUGUGUGAUAUUUUCUAGCUGGUCUUUACAGUAUCUACAGAUACUGUUCUUUACGUGGUGCCUUAUCCGUGUCAUUCAUGCACUUUCCCUUCUUUAGUAUUUGCCAAAUUGCUUUUUUUCUGCAAUAAUAAACACCAUUUGUUCA